ACCCGGGGCCGCGCUCCCCCGCCUCCACUUCCCCUCAGCGUAAUGCCUGGAUGCAGGCGCAGCGUUGGUUAGAGCGAAUGGUCGCCUCCCGUCGGUGCCCGCGACAGACAGGGGCAGGGGUGGCGAGGAGACCUUGCCGUGUUCUGGGACAGGUGACGAAAUUAAAACAACUGAAGCAGAAGAGCUGCAGCAGAGUCGGGUCAAUCUUAUGUUUGGACCCAGAGCUCCGGAGAGUACAGCGCAAGCUUGGCGAUAUUUGAACCUCGCGGCUUCCCGUCUGGUCCCAGCAUCUUCCAGUUCCCGCGCUUUCUGACCACUCAGUGAGCUCCACGCAGGCGCACGAAGCAGCGGCCGGCCGCAACCAUGGCCACAACCCGGGGCGAGGCGGCUGCACUAGGCGAGGGAUCCGGUACUGAGGAGGCCUUCCGGCACAUAGAAUCUAAAGAAGAAUUUGUUAAAGUCAGAAAGAAGGACCUGGAACGUCUGACGACUGAAGUAAUGCAGUUACGGGACUUCUUACCCAGACUACUAAAUGCCGACUUAAUGGAAAGUUUCCAGAAAUUAAAGACUGUAGAAAAAAACCUGGAAAGGAAAGAACAAGAAUUAGAGCAGCUGAGAUUGGACUGUGAACACUUCAAAGCCCGGCUAGAAACUGUACAGGCAGACAGCGGGAGGGAGAAGAAGGAGAAGUUGGCUCUGCGACAACAACUGAAUGAGGCGAAACAGCAGCUCCUCCAACAGGCAGAGUACUGUACACAAAUGGGAGCAGUUACCUGUACCCUCCUCUGGGGAGUCUCCCGCAGCGAGGAAGUCGUCAAAGCCAUUCUGGGAGGAGACAAAGCAUUGAAGUUUUUUAAUAUCACUGGUCAGACGAUGGAGAGCUAUGUGAAGUCAUUGGAUGGGGAUGUCAAGGAGGUUGAUUCUGAUGAAAACCAGUUUGUAUUUGCACUGGCUGGAAUUGUAACAAAUGUUGCUGCCAUUGCAUGUGGCCGUGAAUUCUUGGUGAAUUCCAGUCGGGUGCUCUUGGACACCAUGUUGCAGCUGCUGGGGGACUUAAAGCCUGGCCAGUGCACCAAACUCAAAGUUCUAAUGCUGAUGUCGCUGUACAAUGUGAGCAUCAAUUCAAAAGGCUUGAAGUAUAUCAGUGAGAGUCCUGGAUUUAUCCCUUUGCUGUGGUGGCUUUUGAGUGGUUAAACAGGUUGAACUGCAUUUCAGCGAGAGGCCUUGGAUAAGAUCCAGAAAGAGAAACCUGGGUAGAAAAGGAGAACUGAUCCUUCAGAUUAACACAAAGCCAGUGGUGUGAACCCCAGUCAUCAGUGUGAACUCUCAGCCAGUGGUGUGAACCCCCAGUCGCCAGUGUGAACUCUCAGCCAGUGGCAUGAACUCCCAUCAUUGGCCACCAGGAAGUUCAAACGGGUGCCAAUCAGGCCAAACUGCACCUCCCCAAAGAUGUGGUAAGACCCUGGUGUGAAAACAGAGCUGUUGCAGUGUUCUUGGUGAAGAUGGGGUCAUCCUGGAACAGUGGGGUGUCCUAAAUCCAAACUGACCAGGGUCCUCAUAAGAAGAAAGAGACCAGCAGGGCAGGGAAGCUGCUGUGGGACAGAGGUGAGGGAGGGAUCUGAGGGACCAUGGACAGGUCCUUCUGAGGACUCCAGACCCAGCCUGGAUCUGCCCUGGAGUUUAGUUGGGGGGGGGGGUGUGCUGUACGGGUGCAGUGAUGUCCCCUACUCACUCGGCAUCCUGAGGGAACACAGUCCAGUGCUGGUGAUCCUUUAUCUCAGCCCCGGGAAGUGAGUGCAGACACCAUUCUAACAUCUGAAGUUUACAGUGUCUCCUUUGAAUCACAAUUCUUACAUGCUGGCACAGCAUACUGUCUUCAGCGUGGCCGGCUGCACGGCAGCCUCAUCCAAAGGCAGAAGUCAUGCAGGAGUUCAGCAUGCCGAAAAAGACGCCCGUGGCAUCAUCACAGAAGCUGUGCGUGCAACGCGGGUCUAAAUGCAGGAGGGUGGUGAAUAAAUGUGAGGCACAAUGAUGUAUAGGGUACUAAACACAUGCUUUCAACGUGCGGCAUGAAGAACUGUCUUUCCAAAGACAGAAUGACAGAUAGAAAACUACUCAUGGGUAAAGAUGCUUGCUGUCAAGCCUGAUGAUCUGCGUUCAAUCCCCGGGACCCGAAUAGUGGCAGGAGAGAACCACCUCUCCCACAAGCUGUCCUCUGACUUCCACAAGCUUGCUGGGGCACACAAGGCCCCUGCUCCCACAUGUGUGCUCUCACACUCACACGAAUCCAUAGAAAUAAAUCAAGGUGUAAUAAAAAAAUUUAAAUUCUUCACAUGAGACAUAAUCUAAAUUUCUUUUGCAAGCUCUAAAAUGUGUAUUUGUGUAAUAUAAAAUGCAUCGUGCCUAUCACGCAUGGAGAUCAACAGAACAGUAAAAUGUGGCUUGCCCUUAC